AUGUUAGUCGUUUUUACUUUAAUUUCACUUUGUAUUUUUUCUUUAAACGAGGGUAAAAUUUUCGCUGGGAAUAAAUACCAAAAUGAAAAUUUAAAACAAUGCGUGAGCCAUAUUAUAGAAAAAUAUUUUUCUAAAUACUCUCAUCUUUCUGUUAUUGAUGUGCAUCAUGAUAGUGAUGAGAUUAUUGAAGUAAUCCGUUCUGUCGCUACCCUUUCUAUUAUUUUGAAAGGCAACUACAUAGACGAGUCUAUACUGGACGAGAGCUAUCUAAUAAUAAAUGAAAAUGCAACUGAAUUCGUUAACAAUUUACGAUAUUUGAAAACGGAUUAUGCAUGGAAUCCGAAUGGCCGGUUUCUGAUAAUAAUUAAAAGCCUUUUUAAAAGUGAACUUGAACAAAUUUUUGAUACACUCUUGAAGUAUCAUAUUAUCGAUGUUUUAGUUUUGGCCGAAUACUUUGAUCCGGGCCUGUAUACCUACAAUCCAUUCGAGAACUACGGAUGCGGGCGACGUUAUGACAGAAUAAUUGAAUUUGGUAAGUUCCCAGCAUUUAAAAACGAGAACUUAUACCCUUACAAACUGGUAACUGGUCUCAGGAACUGCACCUUUAAAGUACUAAGCGUACACUUGCCGCCUUACUCUAUAGACCCUUCGAAGAGUAAUCUUUCAAAGACAAUAAAAGGAAUUGAAGAAAUAAUAUUAAGACAGAUAAGUGAGUUGGAACAAUUUUCCGUUGAGUAUAGAUAUGACCAAAAUGCGGAGAUAUUUACAACGAUAACAAGUAAAAUGUUAGCGGUUGGUCCAAUGAAAUCAUUACAAAUUGGCGAUGCAGAUGUCAUAUUAGGCGGAAUGAUACUCUCGCAAUUGCGGGCCAGAGCGUUCAACUAUAUUCACAAUCAUCUACCCUUCUCAGACGAGUUCCGAUAUCAAGUAAAAAAAGCUUCACCGAUAGCCUUCUGGAAGACCGUGUAUUUGGAGUUUCAUGCUACCGUGUGGGCGAUUUUUAUCUUCACUUUUCUAGUAUAUUUAGCAAUACUUAUCAUCUUAACAAAACCCAAAGAUAUAAAGCGUGUCAUACUUCAGAUGUUUGGAAGUUUGACUGAGCAACCCACAAAAUUAAGAGGAAAUUAUUUUACAAAAUAUUUUUUCAUUAUAUGGGUUUGGUUUGCUUAUAUCGUUAGUAUAUAUUAUACUUCCAGCUUAGUAAGUUUAACCGCCAAUCCACUAAUGGAGUAUCAGAUUUCAAAUGAGAAAGAUAUUUAUAAGUAUAAUUUAAAACCUUGUAUUGGCAAUGUUAUAAGCACCUAUAUUAAUUCCGCAGAAAAUAUAACAAUUCAAAAUAAAGUAGGAAGUCGUUGUUAUAAAUUAUUGGACAGCAUUGAUACUGUGAGUAAAUCGAGCGAUUCUUACACAAUCACUUUAUAUUCCAUCUACAAGUUCCACGAACACAAGUUCUUUGACGAUUCAGGCAAACCUAUGAUAUAUUCCUUUGAUAAACCUCUGGGUAAGGUAAUAUAUGCAAUAUAUUUUUACGAUGGUUUCCCGAUGAUGAGAAGACUUAACUUACAUGCUUCACGGUUGAGAGAGAACGGAUUCGUACAAUAUCAUAUAACUAACUUGGGGUGGCAAAAUAAAAAGAAUAUUCAUUUUUCUGCGAAAGCAAGAAAGUUACAUGUUCUUGUGCCUUGGAGUAUUUUUAUAUGUGGACACUUGAUAUCUCUUGUGGUGUUCUUAUUAGAAAUAAUUAGCAACAAGUUAAAG